CCUGAUCUGUUUCCGGUGUGGCAGCCAUUCAAGGACUGGGGAAAGAGAAGCGAAGAAUUUGAGGUAACGUCGGCCAGUGUUCGACAGGAGAUUAUUUUUUUAAGAUUGCAAAGCAGUGAAAGAAUUGAUCACUCCGAUCUGAUCAGAAGGUUACCAUGGCAUCCAGCAGCACCAGCAGCGAGGAGGAGAAGAGCCUGCGGGAGUGUGAGCUGUAUGUGCAGAAGCACAACGUGCAGCAGCUGCUCAAAGACUGCAUCGUGCAGCUGUGCACCUCGCGGCCCGACCGGCCCAUGGCCUUCCUCAGAGAGUACUUCGAGAGGCUGGAGAAGGAGGAGGCCAAGCAGAUUCUCAUCCAGCAGAAGUCCAACUCUCGCUCGGACUCGCGGGAGGACGAGGUCUCCCCUCCCAUGAACCCCGUGGUGAAGGGGCGGCGGCGGCGUGGGGCGAUCAGCGCGGAGGUGUACACGGAGGAGGACGCGGCCUCCUAUGUCAGAAAGGUUAUUCCCAAAGACUACAAAACAAUGGCUGCUCUGGCUAAAGCAAUUGAAAAGAAUGUGCUCUUUUCACAUCUGGAUGACAACGAGAGGAGUGAUAUCUUUGAUGCUAUGUUUCCGGUCACGUACAUUGCUGGAGAGACCGUCAUUCAACAAGGUGAUGAAGGUGAUAACUUCUAUGUUAUUGACCAGGGAGAAAUGGAUGUCUAUGUCAACAAUGAGUGGGUUACUAGUAUUGGGGAGGGGGGCAGCUUUGGAGAGCUGGCCCUGAUCUAUGGCACCCCAAGAGCAGCCACUGUGAGAGCCAAGUCCAACGUCAAGCUGUGGGGCAUCGACAGAGACAGCUACAGGAGAAUACUGAUGGGAAGCACUUUAAGAAAGAGGAAGAUGUAUGAAGAAUUCCUAAGCAAAGUAUCGAUUUUAGAAUCACUGGAUAAGUGGGAACGCUUGACUGUGGCUGACGCCUUGGAACCUGUUCAGUUUGAGGAUGGACAGAAAAUUGUUGUUCAGGGGGAGCCUGGCGACGAAUUCUUCAUCAUCCUUGAGGGCUGUGCCGCCGUGCUGCAGCGCCGGUCCGAGAAUGAGGAGUUUGUGGAAGUUGGUCGGCUGGGCCCCUCUGACUACUUUGGUGAAAUAGCUCUGUUAAUGAACCGCCCUCGAGCGGCCACUGUGGUGGCUCGUGGACCUUUGAAGUGUGUUAAGCUGGACCGACCUCGUUUCGAACGCGUUCUGGGUCCCUGUUCGGAUAUUCUGAAACGGAACAUCCAGCAGUACAACAGCUUUGUGUCACUGUCUGUGUGAGAGUUUCCCAGCCCUUCCCGUAAUGCAGGGUCCACCAAUGCAACGUGCGUUGUCACCAUUUUCUUGUUUUGAUUGGCUUUUAUUUUCAGGUUUUUCCAAUAUCCAGCUGCCCACCAGCAUCGCUGCUUUGUCUGUCUGUGAAUUUUGCAUUUCUUUGCCAUGAAUAUGCUUCCACAUGGCAGAAUGUCUGGCAUUCUAUUGAGCUGGAACAGCUAUGGUUCCCUCCUUCACCCCUCAUGCGUGUGCAGGUGAGGCUAGUAUCCAAUGUUUGAAUUGCUUUGAAAGGGUGAUGCUACUGUAAGAAGCUGUUCUAGAACAGGUAGGAAUAGGAGAAAAGUUUUUAAAUUUGUUCAGUGUUUUGAGGCUUUAAAGACCUUUUUAAGACAUUUGAAUUUGUAUUGUUGUUCAGUAUUUUGAGAUUUGGCAUCUGUAGCUUAAAGAAAGUGAGACGCUGCCAUUUUGUUUGCUAAUAGUUUAUUUCAAGGGUACUAGAAGUUAAGUGCACCAUUGCAACCAUGGUGAUCUUUUUCUUUUUUUUUUUUAAAUGGUUGCACAUAUAUUAGCGGUUUAAAUAACAAAGCAUUCUAUUUUUUGCACAGUUCCAGUGGUAUACAAAUAUGAUCAACGAUGUUUAUAUGCGCCUGCUACUUUUCAGCGCUGCAGUGUGUCCCAGUGAUUUCAGGAAGGUGGAUGUUAUCAUCCCUACAGAAUGCUCUUUAAAACAUCCCUUUCCCUUGAUCAUUCUGUAGUUUCCUGUUUUUUGGUAUUCCUUUAUGACUUCUCACUAAGUUUAUUUCCUGUUACCAACUUCCCUAGCAAGGAAGUGUGUCCGAGAAUCAUGUAGACAGCUGUGUUCUGCUUUCUGACAGAGUUCAGUAUAGAAUUCCCAAAUACAGUUACACAGCUAGUGCCAAAUAUUUCAUGAUGGCGUCUAGCAACAGCGUAUAGCCUGAAUAUAUUUGCUAUGGAUAGUAUACAACAUUUGCACUCCUAAUCUAUGUUUGUAAUGUUCCUAUAUAAGUGAAUUGACUUAGAGGUGGUUUAGUCCACAAAGUAAAUGAGGAAAUUACUUGUGCUUCUUCUAAAUUCGUAGAUGGAGGUAAAGCAAAAGCACAGGUUCUGCAGAUAAAAUCUUCACUUCUAUAACUGAACUGUCAAACACCCCUUUGACCCAACCUCAGUUGCAGAAAAACUGCCCAUUGUUCACAAUAUGAAUGAUCAUGCUAGCUUAGGGACAGCAAAGAGGUUUUCCAGUUCAUUCUGUUACCUGAAAGAGAAAUGUAUUGAGUCUUAAGUGUAUUUCAGUAUUUACCAAUUUUGUUACAUUUCAGUAUGCAACAAAUGACAAUAAGCAUUUUUACAGCAAAUUCCACCAUUCUUUAAUGUAUUGUAAUCAUGAAUUCCUUAUACUUAUUAUUGUUAUUAUGACUAUAUUUUAAUGUAUAGAGUGAACAAGUAGAACUGUAGUGACAGACAGGAGUGACAAGGCUCCAAGCAGGUAGUGUACAGUUAAAUCUUUUGUAAAUGCUUAUUUUUCCAUAAAUUACAGGUGCCCAGUGCCAUGACUUAUAUAAACUAUGUUAUAUUAUCCACAGAUUAAGAGUGUGUAGAUUUGUUGUGUAUAACUGUCAUGAAGUAAUAUUUUGUUUGUGUGUAAAAUAGGCACACACGCACACACAUACACACAUACAUGACUGACUGAUUUUAUGUAACAUAAGUUAUACUGAAGUAUUCAGAUUAUUUUGUAAAAAAAAAAAAUUUAAAAACCAUCACAAAUGCUUAGAAGUCAGGCAGAUGUUUAUUUAUAUAUCACAAAAAUCACUUCCCACUAAUAAAGGGUGUGUGCUGAGUCACAGAAAGUGGACGUUGUUACAUAUAUCUCAAAUGUUGCUUCUGUGAGAACCGAGAUGAAGUGUUAAAAUUUGGGAAUUCUGCUGGGUUUAAAGUUCACUGCCAUCAUUCUGUAAUUUAUGUGAAAGAAAAGUUACUUCACCUGUACAAAGGGUCAAAUUACUGGGGACAGCAAACUGCUAGUAUUUUUAUGAAUCAAAGACUUGAAAUUGCAGAUAAGAUUUCUUCACAAAUAUUAAUUGUAACCUUUUGGAAGGGACGUAAGCAGGCCUUGUAAUUUUGCAAGUUAGUUUUGAAUGAUAAGUUCAUUCAAGGUUAUGUUCAUACUUGAUUUAAUUCAGUGGAAGGAUAAAUGGCUUUGUGUAGAAAUAUUUUGUUUUCUGAGAGCGACUUAUUAACUGAGUAGGUUAAUUUAAUCUAAGUAGGUCAGCACCAUAGAUGGAUACUAUAUACACAUACAUACAGUACUGAAAACAUCGGCAGUGUGUUUGCAGAAUUAACAUUUCAUUUGCUAAAAAGGCAGAAAUAGUAGUUGGUUGUAGUAACGUUUUUGAACACACAGUUGGAACACUGGUUUUCCCUGAAAAAUUCAGAUUCUUUGCUGAACUGAAUAUUGAGCAUAUGAAGGAAAUGUAUUUGUUUUGCUUCUCGUUUUUUAAUUUACACCCUGUUCUUUUGGCACUUUGCGGCUUCACUCCCCCUUUUUAUUGCUUUUAAAGCUACAUUUUCUCGAUGAAGCAGCCAGUAAGUUUGAAUUGAAUAUUAAUUACAUUUACAGCUUUAUAAGUCUGUGCAAUCUGAGUAUGUAUGUGUGUAUGUAUGAAAAUGUAUGUACAAGGAAAAAAGUCAACAUAGUUUGCCUUAGCUUAUGUAACCAGGAUAUAGAAACUCCUGCUUGCCCGACCUUCAGCAAGUUUGUGAAGCCUGCAGUCAUUAGCUGCUGGCUGUCAGAGGACCAUUUUUCUAAUGUUAUCCAAUGACUGUAUAAGAUUUGAUUUACUCUAUGUGCUAAAACUAUUAUCCUUUUGCUAUAGAUUGUCCUAAUGGCAGGUCAAGCAAUAAAAGAUUGAAUUCUUAAA